AUGCCGCAUCUGGUCAAGAAGAAGAACGUAUUACCGUCCCUUACUCAUCGUCUGGGCGCGACUAUCGACGUCGAGCAGUCUCACCAACGUUUUCUUGGAUCCUUGGUACUCAAUCUCUGGGACUGUGGCGGGCAGAGCAGCUUUCUAGAGAGUUACCUCAACAGCCAAAAGUCGACCGUUUUUGCCCACGUCGGAGUACUAAUCUAUGUGUUUGAUGUCGAUGCUGGCGCAGCCGAAUGGAGAAAUGACCUCGCCUACUUUCAGCAAUGCUUGAGGACCUUGUUCGCAUACUCUCCCGACGCGGCCGCAUUCGUCCUUGUUCACAAGAUGGCGUGGUCUCAAAUUGUCCAUACGCUUAUUCCAAAUGCCACUGCACUCAAACGUGGUCUCACUACCCUUACGAGAGCGUGCGGAGCCGUAGAAGCGGUCUUGUUCGAAAAGACAACCUUCUUGCUGAUUGCCCACUCUGAGGGUCUUCGAAGCAUGAUAGAUGAAAACCUUCUGAUGGCUUCUUCGUCGUCGUCGUCCCCCGUCUCGACUGAGGGGUCAUCUUCUGUGGUGGGAACGUCUGUUGCCACGGACAAUUCGAGCAGUACGCUCGGUUUGAAUGUCGAUGGUGUCGGAGGAAACAUUUCAACGUCGGAGAAGAAGCGUCUCCAACUUCUGUCACAGCUCUCCGCCAAUCGCUUCGAACGAAUUUCAUCCCUCCUCAAGGUGUUCAAACUUUCGUGUCCAAACUGGACCAACGGAGAGAAGUGGCACGGACUUCAUAUCCAACUCCCAGAGUUUGCAGCUGUCAUCGAACCAUUGACCGUAAACUCGUAUGUAAUGGUUCUGAGUGCCGACGAACGAAUUACACCAGAGGCGAUCCGCAUCAACAUUCGCAUGGCGAAGCAAAAGUUUGAGGACCUCCAGGCCGGCUCGGUCUGA